AGUGAAUGAAGGAGGUUUCUGUUUUAAGAAAUAAAGUGACUUCUCAGCUGUUGAUUCACUGCCCACAGGGAGAUUUUCUCGGCAGAGGCUUCCUAGCCUCCGUAGAAAUUUGCAUACAACUUCCACUUCCUGCUUCAGAGCUUGUUCGACCGCUUACCUGGGCCUGGAGAGGGAGGAGGGAGGCGGGAGCGACCCAAGGUGGAGUGUGAGAAGGAGAGAACACGACCACCCCGUCGGCCGGUCUGUCUGUCCGUGGUGGUGCUAAGAAACUAGGAUGAACCGAAGCAGUCCUGUGGAGGUUGAUGAAUCAGAACCAUACCCAAGUCACUUACUGAAACCAAUCCCAGGCUGUUCCCGGGAAGAGGCAUCCGAGCCACCUGCUCCAAAUCUAAGGAACAUGGCACCCAACGGCUUGUCUGCACCCCAAACCCCUCACUGUUCCUCAGGAGACUUUUCUCAGGCUCAUCCACCCCUGAAACUUUCCAAUCACCUGCGGCCUGUGUCCCAGCAUGUCACCUGCCUGCGCACUAAAAUCCUGGAGGAGAGCGAAGACAGCUUCUGGAGGAGACACCCGGACCCAGGCAAAGAUUUUCCCUCGGGUUCCUCUGCAGCCUGCCAGCACGAGCCUGAGUCUGUGGUUGGAGCCCUCCCCCUGGAGCAUCAGUUUUCAUUUAUGGAAAAACGGAAUCAAUGGCUAGAAUCUCAGCUUUCAGCAGCUUCUCCUGACACUGGCCAUGACUCAGAGAAAUCAGACCAAAGUUUACCUAAUGCCUCGGCAGACUCCUCAGGCAGUAACCAAGAGACGGUGCAACAGCCCCGGCCCCACAGGAACCGAGCAGCUCCAGAUCUGCCUACAAUAGACACGGGGUAUGAUUCCCAGCCCCAGGAUGUCCUGGGCAUCAGGCAGCUGGAAAGGCCCCUGCCCCUCACCUCUGUGUGUUACCCCCAGGACCUCCCCAGACCUCUCAGGUCCAGGGAGUUCCCUCAGCUUGAACCUCGGAGGUACCCAGUGUGUGUACAGAUGCUGCCUCCCAGCCCUCAUGCUCAGUGGAACUGUCAUUACCAUUGUCCUGGAGGUCCCCAUCAUCAGGUGCCAUGCGGCCUCGACCACCCUCAAGCAGCCUACCAUCAAGUGUUCCAGCCACGCGGGCAGCCCCUCCUGGGAGCCAGCGGGCGAGGCCCACACCCUGUGCAGAAGGUCAUCCUGAACUACCCCAGCCCCUGGGACCAAGACGAGAGGCCGGCACAAAGAGACCACUCCCCAGGGCUCCCAAGGGACCAACUAUAUCAUCAGCCACCUAAUCGAGCGGGAGUUCCUGAGGAGUCCUUGGAGUGUCCUGCAGAGUUGAGACCACCAGCUCCCAAGGCUCCAUCCCCAGCUGCUGUCCCCAGACCCCCUAGUAACCUUCCAGCCAGAGGAACUCUGAAAACAAGCAAUUUGCCAGAAGAAUUACGGAAAGUCUUUAUCACUUAUUCUAUGGACACAGCCACGGAGGUGGUGAAAUUCGUGAACUUUUUGUUGGUAAAUGGCUUCCAAACUGCAAUUGACAUAUUUGAGGAUAGAAUCCGAGGCAUUGAUAUCAUCAAGUGGAUGGAACGCUACCUUAGAGAUAAGACAGUGAUGAUAAUUGUAGCAAUCAGCCCCAAAUACAAACAGGAUGUGGAAGGUGCUGAAUCACAGCUGGACGAGGAUGAGCAUGGCUUACAUACUAAGUACAUUCAUCGAAUGAUGCAGAUUGAGUUCAUAAAACAAGGAAGCAUGAAUUUCAGAUUCAUCCCUGUGCUCUUCCCAAACGCUAAGAAGGAGCAUGUGCCCACCUGGCUUCAGAACACUCACAUCUACAGCUGGCCCAAGAAUAAAAAAAACAUCCUGCUGCGGCUGCUCAGAGAGGAAGAGUACAUAGCCCCUCCCCGGGGGCCUCUGCCCACCCUUCAGGUGGUACCCUUGUGACCCCCACCAUCCCCAGAGCCCCAGGGCCAUGCUGUGUGUGUGUACUUACAAGCACUCUUCUAGCAGAGGCUGUUCUUUGCAGGCCCUCUCAGAGGGCUCCCCCCAACCCCAGAAAACCUGUUCUGCAGAGCAUUCUUCCUCCAGAGACCUCCUUUCAGACAGAGGCCAUGUUGCUCUGCCUUCCCUACUGCUAACACCCACGGCAUGUUGCUCCUAACUGAUGUGUCCAUUCUGGGCCUCUCACUGCUUAGCGAGUAGAUCAUAUAAAUGAUGUUGCGAUAAAUGUAAACGGACCACAAACGCUCUCCCAUCGCUUAGGGCUAUUUUUAUGAGUUAGCCAGAUGUUCUUGUGUCCUCAGACCAACCUGAUUCGUGUACAGUAGAUAAUAAAAUGUUUACUCUUUUGUAA